AUGGAGGCUGUGCAUAGACUUCACAGACCUAACCGAGCAUGCCCCAAGGACAGCUACCCUUUGCCAAACAUAGACCAACUGUUCGGCUCAACCAGCGGCUACGAAGUCUACUCGUUCAUAGACGUGGCCCAAGGAUAUCACCAGAUCCCAAUGCACAAAGAAGAUGAAGAGAAAACAAGUUUUGUAACCGACAGCGGCACAUACUGCUACAAACAAAUGCCCUUCGGAUUAAAAAACGCAGGGGCAACUUAUCAGCGGCUAAUGAAUUUCGUGUUCAAAGACCAGAUCGGUCGUAACAUGGAAGUAUAUGUUGACGACAUCAUCGUUAAGUCCAGAAAAGUAGAAGAUCAUGCGAAAGACAUGGAAGAAGUCUUCACCAAGCUGAAAAAAUACAAACUCAAGCUAAACCCGGACAAAUGCGCAUUCGGAGUCCCAGCAGGGAAAUUCCUUGGUUACCUCAUCUCCCAAAAAGGCAUCGAAGUAAACCCGGAGAAAACGAAAGCAAUUUUAGACAAGAAGGCGCCAAAAUCAGCUAAAGAAGUUCAUAAGCUCAACGGUAGAAUCACAGCCCUCGGUCGAUUCGUGUCUAACUCGGCCAAAAGAUGUCUCCCAUUUUUCAAAACAUUAAGAAAUGUGAAAAAAUUCGAGUGGACCGAAGAAUGUCAACGGUCUUUUGAAGAGCUCAAAAAAUUCCUGAGUUCACCACCACUACUCGGAAGACCCGAAACCGGAGAAGUGUUAUACCUAUACCUAAGUGUCACUAAUGAAACAGUGGCAUCGGUACUGGUAAAGGAAGAAGCAUCCGAGCAAAAGCCAGUGUACUACACGAGCAAGGUGUUGAAAGGGCCCGAGCUCAGAUAUAGCAAAAUUGAAAAAUUCGCAUUAGCAUUGGUCUUAACAGUGGAAAAACUAAAAAGGUAUUUUCAAGCUCACACAGUAAUAGUCCGAACAAACCAACCUCUGAGAAAAGCACUAGCAAGACCAGAAACAUCAGGACGACUAAUCAACUGGUCAGUCAUGAUAGGAUCAUACGACAUUAAAUACGAACCGAGAACAGCAAUGAAAGCUCAAAUCUUAGCCGACUUUGUAGCAGAAACAACAACACACGACCAACCUACCGAGGUAGAUAAGGGCCUGGUCAGCUGGACGCUACAAGUGGACGGGGCAUCAAAUAUGACAGGCGCAGGAGAGGGCAUGAUAUUAAGAGGGCCACAUAAGAUAAAAAUGCAAAACUCGAUCCAUCUCAAUUUUCCGACAACCAACAAUGCAACAGAAUACGAAGCCUUGAUAAGUGGGUUAAGGAUGGCAACGGUAGUCAAGACCGAGUACAUCGAAAUGCAGAGUGACUCUCAGCUGGUGGUUAACCAGGUACUUGGUCUAUACGAGGUAAAAGAUCUAGAGAUGAAAAAAUACGUAGACCGAAUUAAAGAGCUGCUCGUAAAAAUUACCGAAGAGGGCGGAAAAUGGGAGUUAGAACAAAUACCCAGAGAGGAAAACACAGAAGCAGAUACAUUGGCAAAAGCCGGAGCAGCCAAAGAAACAAUGCCGGGCAUACCGUGCUCAGUCCAAAACUUCAGCAGUAUCCAGAAUCCCGAAGCAACGUUCCUCAUCAACCCGUUGGAUCAAUGGAUGGAACAUAUCAUAUCAUACAUUGAAAACGGAAGCCUGCCCGAAGAUAACAAGGAAGCAAAGAAAGUAAAACGCCGAGCACCACACUUCUCAUACCGAGACGGGACUCUAUACAGAAAAUCAUUCUCACACCCUUGGUCCAGAUGCCUCACGGUGGAGGAAGGGAAAUACGUCUUAGCCGAGAUACACGAAGGCAUAUGUGGAAGCCACAUCUCACAUCUGGCACUCUGUCGUAAAGCCGUCUUGCAAGGUUAUUACUGGCCGAAACUAGCACAAGAUGCAGCAUGCCUGGUAAAAAAAUUUGAGAAAUGUCAGUACCACCAAAACGUACACCAUCAACCAACGGCCGAGCAAAAUCCAAUAAUAAGUCGUUGGUCAUUCAGCAUGUGGGGAAUAGACAUCGUUGGACCUUUUCCAAUGGCAAGUGGGCAGAGAAAAUUCUUGAUAGUAGCAGUUGACCACUUCUCAAAGUGGGUAGAAGCCGAAGCUGUCUCUACCAUAACGGAAGCAAGAGUGCGGAGCUUUGUCCGAAGAGAAAUCAUAUGUCGUUUCGGAAUCCCAAAAAUCAUCAUAACCGACAACGGGAAGCAAUUCGACAACAAAAACUUCAGAGAAUUCUGA